GCUCCUGACGGGAGUUGUAGUCAAUUUUGCAGUCGGCGGAUGCUGUUUGAUUGGUUCUCUAGUUCCCGGCAGGCACUGCGGCACUGGCCGAGUGUUCUCUCAUGGGGGAUGACGGGUAUUGUAGGUUGAUUUCACGACGCGGGUGGGACCGCGGAACUACAAGUCCCAGAGCGCUGAGUCCGGCCCUGCAGCGCUCGGUGUGGCCGGCGGAGCGAACGGCGAUUGAGCUGAGUGUCGGUGCCGGGGAGGCGCUCUGUGUCCGGGGAAAGGCGAGAGAGAGAGAAAGCGAGAGCGCGAUCGCAGAGCGUCCGAGCAGAGGAAUCAGAGAAGGAAAGUUUUCUGGAUUGACUGUGGUUUGGACGGAGCGGGCUGACUUGGGGGUGUGAGAGUGCCAGGCACAAGGGAGACUGAGGAAAAUGGAUGCUCAAUAAAGUGUCAGGUCAGAACAAGCCCUGCCUCCGGAUUGAUGUUCUGUGGUUUGCUGUGAUUCUCAUGACCAAAACUUUUAUAAGCCUGCUGAUGAGUCGUUGACCUGCAAGAUUCAAUCAAGUAGCAGAGACAGCCAGUCACUGAAACACCCAAGGCAAACUAUUAUAUUUCUGGAUGCCGAACUGCUGCUGAAUGCCUGCUAUCACAUUUGCACUAUAAGGAUUACAUCGAUCUCCAUCUGGUUAAAGAAUCCAAUGCCACGCCUUGGUCAAUCUGCCAAACGGCACAUGGGGAGUAUUUAGAAUUAACUGAACUUCAUCCAGUCUUGGUUUUCCCAUCUUUGGUCUCAUCGAUUCUUUCCGCUGCUGCACAAAAACAAUUGACAUGUGGAUGACAAGGAAAUAUGAAAAGUUAUGGCUGAUCCCGAUAUAUAGCAUAGCUGCUCCUUAAUCCCAUCUCUGCUUGUUGGAAUUGGUUCUGUUUGAAGCUUGAACAAGUGGCUUCUGUCAGCCAAGGAAAUGACUGGGAUCUUUCUGUUGCUGCUUGCGCGACUGCAUGUUGACGGACUAUGACAAGCUAUAGGCCUGUUCAAAAUGAAAAGGUGGAGGUCGGUGGAAUUGUUACGGCCGGCAUUGAAGUCCUUGCCUCCACGGGCACAUGCGAUUACUAUGCACCUCCAUUCAGGGCCCAGAACGGGAAUGUGUGCGGUCAGGGAGAGAACGUGCUGCGGGCAAGUUCUGCACCCGCCAUGCCAAAAAUGGGAGUCCGAGCUCGCAUCGCUGACUGGCCUCCAAAACAGGAUGUAACAAAGGAUUCCACAGGGAGCACAGCAAUGGACUUGGAUGGACCCAUGGUAGAUACGGCACGAGGCUUUCAUAAUGGUCAGUGUUAUCCGAGCUGUCAAAGUACUCCUCAAGCCCCUUGGGCUCAAAGCCUCUCCCGCAAACCUCAAGGAAAAGCCAAGGAAGUAGAGUUUCAGGAGGGAUGGCCUCGGUCUCCAACCAAGAUGUUUGUUUCACUGAGAAUGCGAAGUAACAGUGAGGUGACUCUCAAUGAGUAUGAUGGUGAAGGAGCCCUAGACUAUAAAGGGACCAAACAUGGGAGUGGAAUGCUUCCCCUAAGGGAAUAUGGCAGCACUUCAUCCAUUGACGUUCAUGGAGUGGCUACUGAAAGCUUCUUUGACAUGUUGAAAGAGUUCAGAAAUGAGAAGACCGAUCAGCGGAGCUCUGUGCCGGAAGACCUCAAGCAAUUGCUGCGGGUCGACCCGAGCAGGGCUUCCUGUCUCAGUCUGGAAGGCAGCACCAAGGCCGACGAUAGCCGGAGCGAAUCAUCUCAGAGGCUCGAACCAAAGAAUGCGCACAAAGACCGGGAGAAAUCGCGCAAGAAGCAGCUGCGGAAUGAAAGCGGCGAGUCCAUCUUGAAGAAACUGCGCAGCAGCAGAAGUGAGCAGGAGCCAGGGCAGCCGAGCUCGGACCACGAAGACAGUAGGUCCCAGGACAGCAGUAAGCCGUGGGUUUGUCAGAAGAGCUUUGGGCAUUUUGACGUUCAAAGCAUACUGUUCGACCUCAACGAGGUGGUGAGCAACCGAAACUAUGUGGCCCACCGGAGGAAUACCACUACUGGGGCUUCUGCUGCCUCGGCUGCCUCGCUGGCCGCAUCACGCUCUCUUGCUCAGGGAAACUUGGAUUCCAACUUUACCAGCACUGAGGAGGUGAAUGGCAAAGAGGACUUGGAACCUGAUCUGGGCGACAGCAACUGCAAUGAUCUGCUCCUAAAUUGCCCUCACUUCCGUAACGAGACAGGUGGUACGAACGAGCGGGACAUCAGCCUGUCAAAGGCCAGCAUCGAUGCUGGCCUGAGUGUAGACUGUGAAGGUGGUUUUCCAAAGAUGGUGUGGAACCCGUACUGCACAAACGCGAGUGUAUCUGUGCUUGAGGUGCCAAAGGAAUUGCAACUGCGGCACGAGAGAUUAAAGCACUUCAGUAUCGAGCACGUGGACCGUGGAGCCAGAUACUACCAAGAUUAUUUCCACGGAAAAGAGCACUGGAAUUACUUUGGAGUGGAUGAAAAGCUGGGCCCAGUGGCCAUAAGCAUCAAGCGGGAGAAAUUGGAAGACAGCAAAGAACAUGGAUCUCAGUACAUCUACCGAAUCAUCUUCAGGACCAGUGAGCUCAUUACACUAAGAGGAGCAAUCCUGGAGGAUGCAGUUCCAUCAACGUCGAAACACGGCACGGUGCGAGGGCUUCCAAUGAAAGAGGUGCUGGAGGCGGUGAUACCGGAGCUGAACAUCCAAUGUCUGCGGCUGGCGUUCAGCACGCCUAAAGUGACAGAGCAGCUACUGAAACUGGAUGAACAAGGACUCAGUAGAAAGCAUAAAGUCGGCAUUCUGUAUUGUACAGCUGGCCAGGGCUCUGAAGAAGAGAUGUACAACAAUGAGGAAGCAGGUCCUGCCUUUGAGGAAUUCCUGGAUCAACUUGGGGAAAAAGUACUCCUCAAGGGUUUUAAUAAAUAUGCAGCACAACUGGAUACAAAAACGGACUCGACUGGAACUCACUCCCUCUACGCAACGUACCUGGACUAUGAGAUCAUGUUCCAUGUGUCCACCAUGCUUCCAUACACCCCUAACAAUCGGCAGCAGCUUCUCCGAAAGCGGCACAUCGGCAAUGACAUCGUCACCAUCAUUUUCCAGGAACCCGGGGCUCUGCCAUUCACACCAAAGACUGUCCGUUCCCACUUCCAGCAUGUGUUCGUCAUUGUCAGGGUCAAUAAUCCAUGCACUGAGAAUGUGUGCUACAGUGUGGCAGUGACAAGGUCCAAGGAUGUUCCAAUCUUUGGUCCACCCAUUCCUAAUGGUUUCACCUUCAGCAAGUCUGAGCUCUUCAGAGAAUUCCUGCUGGCCAAGGUCAUCAAUGGAGAGAAUGCGGCACACAAGUCGGAGAAGUUCCACGCCAUGGCCACACGCACCCGCCAGGAAUACCUGAAGGACUUGGCAGAAAACAGUGUCACCAACACUCCCGUGGAGUCUACCGGAAAGUUUAAUCUCAUACUGCUGAGCUCGAAGAAGAAAGAGAAGACAAAAGCCCGUCUGGGAGCUGAACUUCACAGUGCUGGGGCCAUCACGUGGCGAGUUUAUGCGCAGGAUUACAGCCAGGCAAUUGAAGUGGAGUGCAUUCUUGGCAUCUCCACCGAGUAUGUCGUGGUUAUUGAGCAGAAUACCAAGGAUGUGGUAUUCAACUGCUUCAGUGACGAUGUAAUAGGCUGGACACCUGACACGUCGACAAUCAAAAUUUUCCACGGGAGAGGCGACUGUAUAUUCAUACAUGCACUGGAGGAGAGUGUGGAGGACAUUAAGGAGAUCGUCCAGAGAUUGAAAAUUGUGGCAAAAGGGUGUGAGACUGUCGACAUGACCCUGCGGCGGAAUGGCCUCGGGCAGCUUGGUUUCCAUGUCAAGUAUGACGGCACGGUGGCUGAAGUGGAAGAAUACGGAUUUGCUUGGCAAGCGGGACUGAGGCAGGGAAGUAGAUUGGUGGAAAUUUGCAAAGUGGCAAUUGUGACGUUGACCCACGACCAGAUGAUUGACCUGCUGAGAACGUCAGUGACUGUGAAGGUAGUCAUCAUUCCCCCCCAUGAAGACGGAAGCCCACGCAGGGGUUGCUCCGAAUUGUAUGAAAUGCACACAAUAGACAGUAAAGCAGAGACUGAAAGCAUGCCUGCUGGUUUGAGACCGCCAUACAGGACCAACAGCCUGCAGUGGAGUGCUCCUAUGAUCCACAAUGCAUUACAGUCCCAGCGAUGGCCAGGGAAUGUCCACACUCAGGCAGCAAGCCGGAAUCAAACCUCUAGACAACCGGGAGCCCCAGCGACCUACAGCGAGUCUCAAGCAAAGAGCAGCAAGCGGCCGGUCAGCUACCCAGAAACUUUGUACAAUACACCGUCAACUGCUGCAGCGGAGAGAAUUGCACCUUUCCGAAAUCCUUCCGGAAGCUUCUCCUCUCCGGGGUCUGGAAACAUCUCGUCCAGUCGACACAAAGUUGGUCCCGACAGCAGGUGUGGAGGAGGCCAACGCCCUUUACCACUCUACGAGCAUCACAGCCGGGAUGACAUGACAUCAAGUGGUGAAUCUUCAUCUGGAGGGUUAACCAGCCAGGAGAGCACCAUCGAGAGAAAUAAGAACGAGGCUUUGUGGCACCUCCCAACAAUGUCCAUGGUUUACUCAAACUCUGGAAACAAUGCCUUUAAGCGGCUCCCAAGGCAAGAACUAGCAGGCAAGGAUUCACCUAACAGGCAUGCCAAAAGUGAUGCCCACUACUCGAGCCAGUCGAGCAGUAACACGCUGUCCAGUAAUGCCUCCAGCAGCCACAGUGACGAGAGAUGGUUUGACAACGUGGAACACAUGGAGGUUGACCUCGAGGCCUCAGUGAAAGGCGCGUCCAGUGACAGUGGUAUCGACACCACACUUUACACACCCAGUCCCUUCGCUGCGGCCACGGCGGUCGCCAAGCCUGCCAGAACGGUCCCUCGGCGGGAUAAGCCACAGAAGCCAAUGCAGGCCUCAGUCACCUACAGUGAGCUGACGGACUGCAACAGGCGCAUGCUGGACUGUACACCGCCUUACGUGGAGAAGAAGAGGGACUCAUCACCAGCAGUGAGCGCCGGCAGCCAUAGCAAGGGUCACAGGGUGAGAAACUACACUGCUUCCAGCAGCAGCAACGCAAGCUUCAGCGUGAAUACCGGCAACGAGAGGGCACAUCCCAGGUCAAGCUAUCCCUCUCACACCCACAAGACCCCGCCACCAGACGUGUCCAAGCCACCGGUGUCAUGUUCUCAGCUCUCUGCUUCUGCCCCCAAAUCUUUCUACUCCUAUCAGAAUGUGAAGAACGUGUGCCCAGCAGGGUGGAGAAAAACAUCCAGCACCCAGGCGCGAUCUUCUGGAUACACCGAAACAAAAACGACAACCACUGUUGCCUCUACAAAUGUCUUUGGGCAGCCCAGACUGCGGGCGUCUCUCCGUGACCUCCGAUCGCCACGCAGAGCUCAGAAAUCCACCCUUGAAGAGGAUUUGAAGAAGCUUAUACUGCUGGACAGCCCGUUGCCGGAACCAGAUCGGGAAAUGCUUCAUUCUUCACGGAAGAGCCUACAGAGGACACUGUCUGAUGAAAGUAUCUGCAGCGGCCGAAGGGAGCCGACCUUCCCCAAUUCCCAGCUCGCAGCCAUCGACCAGGCACUGCCGAAUGACGUCAUCUUCACCAGCACCUACCCAUCCCAAACACUACCCGUUCGCAGGCUGAAUCAGCCUCCCCCAUCCACCUACGAAAAGAAAAGUAACAUAUCUGCCUCUGAGCUGUCACUGAGUGAUGUGCGAGACCGAUUACCUGUGCGUCGUAACGAUCCGGGACUGAUGCCACUGCCAGACCCGGAGACAGAGCUGGAAUGGUCCAGCCUGGUCAGUGUUGCCAAAGCAUAUGAGGUUCAGAGAGCAGUUUCUCUCUUCUCAUUAAAUGAUGCCUCUGUUGGAUCAGACCUUGGACCAGCCUACAAUCCUGCGCACGCACACCUUGCCCUCGAGCAACAGAACUCUCCCAGAGCCCCUCACAUUCUCAGCAGUGAACCAGCGUUAGUGCUUUCCGGGAAGGUCUACCAGCUCGAGGUGCAGCUGAAGCAGUUGCAAGACGAUCUGCUGAAGGAGAAGGAGGAUAAGUUUGUGCUGCAGGCUGAAGUUGCAAACCUGAGGGAGAACAACCAGCGUCUCCAGGAGGAGUCCGUCUCCGCCACCGAACAGCUGAGGAAAUUUGCCGAACUGUUUUCCAGCACGAUGGAUAAGAAGUGACACCAGCCGCGCUGUCCACAACGAACCCAAACCUGUUAGAGUUUCCCUGUGAUUGUAUUACAGAGUGACUACCCAGCCUGGGAGAUUCCACAACCGUCAGUUUGUCACUAGUCUGAGGUGGUCCUUUCCAGGCAUGCACUGCGGGAGAGCAGUGUUAGAUUGCAAUUGUGUUGCCUACAGGUUUCAGGCUUUCACUGCUCAGUCCUGCAAAACCUUGCCCCAGUACUAAUGUCAGCCAGUGCAAGUGUUUCAGUAUCGCCCAUGUUGUCCAACCCUCCUCUCCGGUUUCCACAAGAGCCUGUUAGUCUCUCUCCUUCCAGCUCUCUGCUGCCCCCCAACGGCAGCCAAGGUGAUGCAAGCUCAAUGGAAAAUAACUUCCUCACUUGCACGAAUGACUGUUCUGUCGCCCUUUUUAGCUAGUCUUAAAUUCAGUUUAUGAAAGCAUUCCCCCUCGCCUACCUCCCCGGACCUCAUCAGGUAGCAUAGCAUUUGGAGUAAUGUUUUAUAGGGCCAGCGACCGGGGUUCGACUCCCGCAGCUGCCUAUGAGGGGUUUGUACAUUCUCCACCACCCACCCCCGUGAUUGUACGUGAGUUUCCUCAAGAUGCUCCGGUUUCCUCCCGCAUUCCAAAGACAUAGAUUAGGAUUACUAAAUUGUGGGCAUGCCAUGUUGGUGCUGGAAACGUGGCAACACUCGCACGCCAGCACGUCUUUGAGCUGUGGUAGCCGUUGAUGCAAAUGGCAUGUUUCACUGUAUGGUUUGAUGUACACGUGACAAAUAAAGCUAAUCUUUAAUCUUUAUAAAAACUUUUUUAACCCUCUGGCCAGAGAGUCAGUGUUUCCCAGUUUUUAAUUCUCAUUUGGCCCCUUUCCCAACCUGAGAACACAGGCCAGUUCCAAUUGACAGCCUCUGAUAUUCAAUAUCAUCUUGCAAAGUUCACGUGGUUUUGAUUCGAAAAUAAUGAACUUGAGGAAAGAACACUGACUGGACUAAAUCUGAAUCUGCGUGGAUUGGAAUAGUCCAGGUUUGACAGUGGUGCUGGGUGACAGGAUGUGAAGUUGGCCAGGGUUUCCUCUCCAUCUCUGCUCCAUGACCCUGUCUACCCUCCUCCCAAAUCCUCCCCCCUCCAACCCCUUGCGGGAAAGACUCUUGCAAACGCUUUGUGUUAUGAAUGAGUGUUGCUUUCUCUGGUUGGAGAUCUUGUCACCCAGCAGCGGCCACAAUAAAAGAUCAAAGCGCCCUUCAUCUCUCCAGCCUUCUCCUUGUUCAGAGGUUGGAUGGACAGAGAGAGAUUAGUUCAGGGAUGAGGUUCAGAGAGAAAUCGAUCGAGGGACGGGGACGGAGAAAGAUCGGAUCAGAAAUGGGAUGGAGAGAUUGCGUCAGGGAUUGGGGAUGGAGAGGGAUUGGAUCAGGGUUUUGGGACGGAGAGAGAUUGGAUCAGGGAUGCAGUCAGCCAGUUAAUCUCUGAUGUAGGUGGCUCAUUUAAGUCCACUGUUGGCCUAUCACGUACAAUCCAGUCGUAAUGCUAAGACCUUGUCACCUGUACAGUUUUCCACACUGUCGAUGUAUUUCAGUAAGCUAUUUAAUUUUAUUUGAAAAUGUUGAUCAAAGGGUUUUGUUUCCAAUAUAAAAAAUUUAAUAUUUUGGACUGAGACAACAAGGGUAUCCUGAUCUAAUGAAAAUAUAGGAAGUAAUUAAAAGCACUUUCUCGCGCAGCCUAAAUUAUUUUCUAGAAAAUUUGCAUUUAGGAUGUCUCAGGAAAUUUAAACUGGUAAAUGUAAAUGCUCUUUGUGUACACUAUAUUUGUAUAAAUUGUUUUAGAUUUUUUAAAAUUUGAAAUCGUACAAAUUGCAUUUGAAAUUGUGAAGGUUUAUCGGUGACUACUGAAUAUUGUGGAUCGAUGACCUUGAUCUGGAAUGGUGGGGUUACCACUGCAGACGCUGCAUUAGGGGAGUGAUGUUCAAGGAUGAAGUAGACAUCAUGAACUGGUUGAGCGAAGCAUUUGGUUCAGUUCUUCUUGGGAAUGUUGUUGGACAUGAUUUCCUCUUCAUCUGGGCUCUUGCAAUAAUUUGCUCAGUUGGGGCAUGACAUUGCCCUUGAGAAGAUGGUGAUGAGCUGACCCCUUGAUCUCCUAUGGCCUUUGUGGCAGCUGUCUUGGCGAGGGACCCAGUGACCAUGGAAGAUGAGCCAGACCUUUCCAAGUGGCGUGCCAUGACCCAGCCGUUCUUUCCACGGUGGAAAUGGAGGGAGACAGCCCUGGCAAUGGCAACGUUGUGGUUAGCCACCAGCAGGCAAGGACUAUUGGGUCUAGAGUGCUUGUGGCACUGGUUUGAGACUGUAAGACAAAGGAGAGUUGGGACGUUCGGCGUGUCGGUCACCUCCACCAUCCUAUCGAGGCUAAUUUAACAGUUGGCUUCCAUUCACUUGGCCUUGCAAUACCGCAGUAAGAAUCUGUGUGUGUGUGUGUGUGUGUGUGUGUGUGUGUGUGUGUGUGUGCGUGUGUGCGUGUGUGUGUGUGUGCGUGUGUGCGUGUGUGUGUGUGUGUGUGUGUAAACAUCAGUGGCACGUGUGCUCAGAGUCAUAGAGAAUUAUGAAAACAUAGAACGGAACAGCACAGGAACUGGCCCUUUGACCCACAAUGUUGUGCCGAACCAGGUGAUAUGCAAAUCAAAACCACCCAAACUCCUCCCUACACCAUGUCCAUAUCCCUCCAUCUUCCUCACAUCCAUGUGUCUAUCCAAACAUCUCUGAAAAGCCUCUAAUGUAUCUGCCUCUACCACCAGACCAGGCAGCACGUUCUAAGCACCUACCAUUCUGAGUAAAAAAACUUCACCCCUCUCACCCUCAAUGUAUGUCCUCUGGUAUUAGACAUUUCAAUCCUUCAGUGUCCUUUGAAGGUAACACAGGAAUUUGGGACACAUCAGUCUACCAACACUCGAUCCGAUUUUCCAGGCAGGUAGGUGAGUGACCACUUCCUCUUUGGCAUAUUCCAUAUUAGGGGACUGGGGGACUCCCAUAAGGAAUACACAGCAGCAGGACACUAAGACUUAGGGGAGCUGUACAUUUGAAUGGAAGACCUGGACAUCGCAGUGAUCAAUCGAACAUUGCAACCCUCCCCCCCCCAAAGCUUGCAGUGCAAGCUGAAACUCACCGGCAGCCUGUCUGUGUAAGACAAAAUUGUGAACAGUUGAGAGGAGUAUGGGAGGGGAGGUUUGGUGCUGAUGUGUUGGGGGUAGGGGAGCUGGUGAUAGAGAGAGAGACAGUCACUUUAACCGAUUCAGCAGUCACACCGAGAAUGAAGGGCCCAAACAGUGUGCCGAGGAGGGAGGGGAUAAUUAAGCUUUGUGGUGGAGCCCAAACGUUCUGUAAUUUAUAUGUAAUUGACACCUUUAGCACAACGCUUUAAAGUACAGGCGACACGGGUUCAAUUCCUGCCACUGCCUGUAAGGAGUUUGUACCUCCCCUCCUGUGACUGCGUGAGUUUACUCCUGCAGUCCAAAUACGUACCAGUUAACUAGGUUAAUUGGUCUCUGCAAAUUGUCAAGUGAUUAGGCUGGGAUUAAAUUCCCCCGGGUGCUUCAGUUUCCUCCCACAGUCCAAAGACGUACUGGUUGGUAGGUUAAUUGGUCAUUGUAAAUUGUCCCGUGAGUAGGUUAGGAUGAAAUUGGGGAAUUGCUGGGUGACACAGUUUGAGGGGCUGAAAUGGCCUGUCCCCUGCUGUAUCUCAAUAAAUAAAUAAAUAGAUUUACCAGUAAAUUAGCUUCAGUGUCCUUGAGAAUGUGUGUGUGUGUGAGUGAGAGAGAGAGAGGGUGUAUGCUUGUCAGUGUGUGUGAGAGAGAGAGGACGAAGGUACAUGCAUUGCUUUACAUGUGCGUGUCUGCAUGCACAUGUGAGUGUUGUAUGCAUUGCAUGUCUGGAGGUGUGGGAGUGCAUGCACUACAUGUGUGAAUGUUUGUGUGUGCACGUGGAAACACCUGGUGGUGGUGUGUGCACCCUGAAUUAAAGAUGAGAACACCAGUGAACAUCCACGUACGGCAAUUAAUGUUUAUUCUUUGAACCAAAAAACGCUUUGCGCUCCCUCGACUGUUCCCACCGCGACAAUGCAGCCCCCCUCUACAUGUACGUGACAGCACGUUAGCCGAUGCACAUUUGAGGUUUCUUGCAUAAACUGGACUCUAAAGAGACGGGAUUUUAAAGGGCAUUUAUACGACGACUUAAAUUUCACUCUGGAUGCAAAAUGUUCCAAGUGUCACAGUUGCAACCAUCAAUGUCUUAAAAAUAAAGUUUACUUGGAAUUUGGCUUUCUUUGUAAUAUUUGUGUACAAAAGAAGUGAAAAGUCUUGAAUUUUAUUGUUUAUUAUGUGGUGCCCAUUUUCCAGUGUACAUUUUUGUCUGUAGGAUUAUUGAUGUGAUUUAUUGAUUUCAGGACAUGUCCUCUCGUUGAAUGGUGUGUAACUUAUCUUUUAUCUUCACAUUUUAUACAGACUUUAUGCUUUCAACUGAGAUUUCUAUUUAAUUUGUACUUGUUUUGAUUCAGCUUUUCCACCGAUAAAUCAUCGUUUACUUUGUUCUUUUGGCAUGUAUCUGGGAAAUUAAAUUAAAAAAAACUUUC